AUGCAUAUAGUGUGUGAGGACCACAUGGUGCAGGCUCUGCAUAAAUCACUGGCCAAAAGCAUCCCAGAAUCCCUGAAGGUAUAUGGCUCCAUUUUCCACAUCAUUCAUGGAAACCCCUUCAACUUGGAAGUGCUGGUGGACUCCUGGCCAGACUAUCAGACCGUAAUUUCCCGGCCUAAGAAACAGGAAAUGGUUGACAGAUUGGAUCAAUACAUAAACACUUAUCAUAUCUUCACCAAGGACCUUGAGAAAUGCCAGGAAUUUCUAGAAUCUACAGGGGUCAUUGACUGGAACCAAGUUAUUCAAAUUCAAGGUUGCCAGGAGGGCUUAGAUAAAACCCUAAGAAAGAUUGCAGCUUCCAAGUCCCUUCAGGUGGAACAUAUCAGCAAUGUUCUCUUUGUAAAAGAAGAAAUUCUACAACCUGAGACAACUGAAGGCAAGUUGGUGACGAGCAUGCCAGAUACAAAGGGCUUUGAGAGAAAUCUGGAGUUCAAGCUUGCCUCCCUGAAUGCAUCCCAUGCAAAGCUCGUCAACGAUAACUGGGAGAUGGGUCUCAAUGAGAAGAGCCUGAAUUAUGUAACACGUUGCAUCCAGAGCUUGCCAACAUUUUGCCUGCUGAGCUCUGAGGGGAAUCCCAUCAGUUGGAUAGUCGUGGAUCAGACGGGGGAAUUGAGAAUGGCCUAUACCCUGGCCAAAUACCAAGCACAAGGCAUAGGGACUUACUUGGGAGAAUAUGCUAUAAGGUAUCUUAAAAAAGAAAAUAUCCCAUUUUUCUUUCACAUAGCAGAAAAGAGGAAACACCUCUUUGGAAUUGUGACCCGGUAUGGUUUCCAUUCUUAUCAUCGUGCAUGGAACCAAUGGAAGUUAACCCCCCAAUGAAAAGCCAACCCAGCUUCUAGCACAGAUCCUGGCACA